GGAGAGGGAUCUGCUCCUGAGGAUUCAUGGCUCGUCCUGUCCCUUUAAACCAGCACCAGAGCUGUGAGCUGUAACGAGCUGCGGGGACCUGCGCUGAUCCACAGCUCAGAGCAAGAGGCACACAGCUAAGCCUGGCAUUGCAUGGGGGGGGAUUGAGGGCAGAAGACUGUCUGGCAUAGAUCUACUCUGCCCAGUUGCCCAGACAGGCAUCUGAUUGCCUCCAGCAGCUGUUACCACCUAUGGAUCACUUUUAAACUUGAAUGCAAACCAGAUCCUGGGCACCAGGGAACCUCUCAAUCCAUACUUAGGAUACCAGGAGGACCCUAAGAUCCAGUGUCAGGACAGAGGACCUUCUACAUUGAGGAUAUUAGGAGGCUUUUGGUCACAAACACAGCCCCUGGAUGUCAGGAUCUCCUGUCUGCUGAAAAGGGGGAUCAUCAGGAUCCUUUUCUGCCCCUGCAAGGAUAUCAGGAAGCCUCACAGUCCAGGAUAUUAGGAGCCAUCGUUCUGCCCAGGAUAUACAGAUUGUCCACUCAUAGAAUACGUGGUCCUUCUGAGUCCAGGACCUUCUGACUGUCUACUCAGCCCUUUAAAGUUCCCGAAGAGGGAUCCAGUCUGUGUUAUCUGUGGCUGAAAGUUGCAGCAGGGGGUGCACGCCAGCUCACCGUCUCCUGGUCUGCUCUCGCCGGAUUCUGAGGCUCCAAGCUCGGAUUUAAAAGGGGAUGUGUAUAAUAAAAGGUGCCAGGCUGAUCUGGGAAGAGCAAGAGUUAAACAGCUGCCAGGGGAGUGCGGACAGCAGAGCCCGGAGCUAAAGCUGCCAGGAGCAGAGACCCCACUGAGCCCAGGAUCCCUCACCAUGACUUCGCUCAGGUUCCUUGGAUGUCUCCUUCUCCUGCUCAUCUGUGCUUCGAGCAGCAGCCAGCGAGGCAGCAGGAGAAAAGCAACGUCAGAUAUUUCGACGAGCAACAGACAGAAGACAAAAGAGAGAACAGCGUUAACCACGUCAUCAAGCAGAGACUGUCUGCAGGCGGGAGAGGCUUGCAAGAGCAACCACAGCUGCAGUUCCAAUUUACGGACCCUUCGCCAGUGCAUUGCAGGCAACGGCGCUAACAAACUGGGGCCCAAUGCCAAGAACCAGUGCAAAAGGACGGUCACGGCGCUCCUCUCGAGCCAGCUCCACGGCUGUAAGUGCAAACGUGGCAUGAAGAAGGAGAAGAACUGCCUCAACAUAUACUGGAGUAUUCACCACACCCUGAUGGAAGGUAUAAAUCUCCCGGAGAGUUCGCCGUAUGAGCCAUUUGUACGGGGGUUUGACUACGUCAGGCUGGCUUCCAUCACGGCAGGUUCAGAGAACGAAGUUACGCAAGUGAACCGCUGCCUGGAUGCCGCUAAAGCUUGUAACGUGGAUGAAACGUGCCAGCGGUUGCGAACUGAUUAUGUCACCGUGUGUAUUCGCCAUUUGCCACGGACUGGCUUUUGCAACCGCUCCAAGUGCCACAAAGCCUUGAGAAAGUUUUUUGACCGCGUGCCUGCGGAGUACACCAACGAGCUGCUCUUCUGCCCUUGCGAGGACACGGCAUGCGCGGAACGCAGAAGACAAACCAUUGUUCCGGCUUGUUCUUAUGAAUCAAAGGAGAAGCCCAACUGCCUCACCCCGCUUGACGCUUGCAAGGAAAAUUACAUCUGCAGAUCCCGGUUUGCUGCUUUCCAACUUGAAUGCCAACCUUCUCUCCAGUCUGCCACGGGCUGCGCGCAUGGGAAUUAUGCUGCCUGCCUCCUGGCUUAUACAGGAAUUAUAGGCAGCGCCAUCACUCCGAAUUACGUGGAUAACUCGUCCUCCAGCGUGUCUCCCUGGUGUACGUGUAACACUAGUGGAAACCGACAGCAGGAGUGUGAAAACUUUUUACACCUCUUCACGGAUAACAUCUGUCUCCAAAACGCCAUUCAUGCUUUUGGAAAUGGGACAAAUUUGAAUCCGGCGAUGAAUCCAUCUGUUGUUUCUACCACGCCAUCACACAAGGAAGAAAUAAGCUUAAACUGUUCUACUCCUGCGAUUGAAGAGAUCAUUCCUAUCCAGGUGCAGCCAACAAAGGUCACAAGACAGGAACCUUUUUUACCAGGAUCCAAUCAGAUCAAGUCCGAGGUCUUGAAUUCUAUGGCUCCUUCCCGCUCCAUGGGUUUGGCCAGUCUGGGAUGGCCCUUGAUCAUUGUUACACUUCUACAGACUGUCGUGUGAACACAACCAAGCGUCCCGUGUUUCUUUCCCUCCAAAAAACAAAAACAAAGGAAGGAGAUCAGACUUUUAUCUUUUUAUCUAACAAAUUUGUUUGUUUUUAUGUUAAUUCACGGUAACCCUAACAGUCUUCAUUUAGAUUUCUGUCCUUUGGAUUGUUUUUUUUGUUUUUUUUCCUUCAUUAAUCAAAAAUGUAUCUUCAAAUCGUGACAGUGGCUUCUGGACGCGUUUCGAGACAAAGCCACACGACUUUGCGUGAAGUUAUAUAGUUGUCUGGAAGAUUGGCAUUCUAUUUUUAUUUUAUGGGGUUUUUUUUUUUUUUGCUAGCCGCGUCGAGGCAAAUCCUACGGAGCUCCGGAGACAGACAAAAGACAGGUUGGUAAUGGGAUUCCGCGCAGGACAAUGAUAUGAAUUAUUGAUAUGGUUUAAUCUAAAGAAAGUGGAUUUCCACCUUGUGAUACGAUGUUCUUAAA